AGAAAAGUUAAACCUAUUUCUAUUUAGCGUUGAAACUGCAAUAACACUGCCCAGUGCCGCCACACGUCUUGACGACGGAGACCAGAAGGAAGCCAGUUAACAAUGGAGCCGACCAAGGACAGAAUUGUUUACAUCAGCAGGACGGACAUAUUCUGCGCCGGGCACAGGCUGUUUUCUAAAGACCUCACAGAGGAGGAAAAUGUAAAAAUAUUUGGAAAAUGCAGCUCAGUAAACGGCCAUGGACACAACUACAAAGUUCGUGUGACGCUGCGCGGGCCAGUUCAUCCAGUCACAGGAAUGGUCUUCGAUUCUGCCUUACUAGGAAGCCUUAUGACUGAAUGUAUCAUGGAUGUCCUUGACCACAAGAACAUCAACAUGGACGUCCCUGACUUCUGGGAUACGGUCACGACCACGGAGAACAUCGUGAUGUUCAUCUGGAAUCAACUGAAGAGAAAGAUCCCCGCUGAUCUCCUCUACGAAGUGCAGGUGCAGGCCAGCGAGAGAAACACAGUCUCGUACCGUGGGAGAACGAGGCUGCGCAGUCACAGUUAGAGUAGUCUCCCCUGCAGCUGAACACAAUUUACUAAGACUCACGGUCACGUAAUACUGUACCGUGUGGGGACGGAAAUGCACACAUGUACGCAUAGUUGCACAAGUACACUAUGCAUCUGGGUGCCGUUGUACAAAGCAACCUUAGCGCUACGCUAGUUGUAAGUCUAUGUUAAGGUAUGGGAGUUACGGUCACCUUAGCGCUGAGAUCGCUUUGUACAACGGCACCCUGAUCAGGAGAUCACCGGACACCUGCCUCGGGGAGAACGCGGUAUAUUCCACCCCAAGUCAAAAUAAUUGACGUUGUUCUAAUAUACUAAGUAUGCCCUUUUAAAAUGGAAUAAAACACAAUUGCUUUGUUGA